GAAAUAGCCCAGGAAAAGUGGCACGCGUGGAGCCCGCCGGAGCGCGGAGGAAAUAAAAGCGGCGGCGGGCAGGAAGUGUGAGGAGGAGGAGGAGGAGGAGGAAGGGGAGAAGGAGGAGGAGAAGAAGGAGGAGGAGGAGGAGGAGGAGGAAGAGCCGGCAGAGGCAGCAGCAGCAGCCGCUGCUUUCUCAGAAGAGAAAGCAAAAGCCGCAGGCGGCUCGGUGCCGCCCGGCAUCCGCGGGGCUGCGCGGGGCUGCGCGGAGCGGCCAUGGCCCGGGAGAACGGGGACGGCGGCGGCUCCUGGAAGAAGCAGGCGGAGGACAUCAAGAAGAUCUUCGAGUUCAAGGAGACGCUGGGGACGGGCGCAUUUUCCGAAGUUGUUUUGGCUGAAGAGAGAGCUAGUGGGAAACUAUUUGCAGUCAAGUGCAUUCCCAAGAAGGCACUGAAGGGGAAGGAAAGCAGCAUAGAGAAUGAAAUUGCAGUCUUGAGAAAGAUCAAGCAUGAAAAUAUAGUUGCCCUGGAAGACAUCUAUGAGAGCCCAAACCAUUUAUACCUGGUCAUGCAAUUAGUAUCUGGGGGAGAGCUUUUUGACCGCAUCGUUGAGAAGGGGUUCUACACUGAGAAGGACGCGAGCACCCUGAUCCGGCAGGUCCUGGAUGCUGUCUACUACCUGCACCGAAUGGGCAUCGUCCACAGGGACCUCAAGCCCGAGAACCUGCUUUACUACAGCCAGGAUGAAGAGUCAAAAAUCAUGAUCAGUGACUUCGGAUUGUCAAAGAUGGAGGGCAAAGGAGAUGUGAUGUCCACAGCCUGCGGGACUCCUGGCUAUGUUGCUCCUGAAGUGUUGGCCCAGAAACCCUACAGCAAAGCUGUGGACUGCUGGUCCAUUGGGGUCAUCGCAUACAUCCUGCUCUGUGGCUAUCCCCCUUUCUAUGAUGAAAAUGACUCCAAACUCUUCGAGCAGAUCCUCAAGGCGGAGUAUGAGUUCGACUCUCCGUAUUGGGAUGACAUCUCUGAGUCUGCUAAAGACUUCAUUCGGAAUUUGAUGGAGAAGGACCCUAAUAAAAGAUACACCUGUGAGCAGGCAGCACGACACCCUUGGAUUGCUGGAGAUACAGCACUCAACAAGAACAUCCACGAGUCUGUCAGUGCUCAGAUCCGGAAGAACUUUGCAAAAAGCAAAUGGAGACAAGCGUUUAAUGCCACGGCGGUUGUGAGACACAUGCGGCGGUUACACCUCGGCAGCAGCCUGGACAGCACGAGCGCCAGCGUCUCCGGUACCCUCGGUCUCACCGCACCGCUAUCUGAUGCAACCACCCGGAAAGAUUGUAUGUCUCCAUCCACUCUCUGUAGUUUUGUUUCAUCUGCUUCUUCAGGCGUUUCGGCAGUAGGAGGGGACCGGAGACCCAGACCCACCACAGUGACCACAGUGCACACAGGGAGCAAGUGAGAGCCCGGGCGGCCGGGGCUGAAGGACUAGAAGAAAGAAGAUUUUUUUAUGGCCAUAUUUUAUACUGCAAUUCUGAAAUGUUUCAUUUAUCACAAACUGCACUGACUCCAGGGGGAACGGAUCUAAGUCUCUGGUGCUGUACAUAUAUAUACAUAUAUAUAAUAUAUAUAUAUAUUAUGUGAGUCUAGCAAUGUUCUAACUAAUGAACACUCAUUCUUUUCCCCAGUGAUUUACUCUUUUCUCAGUGUAGGUAACAGUAUAUGUUGUAUUUUUUUUUUCCAUUAACUACAAACAUCUCAACUGGAUUAUUUAAAUAGAGAUACUUUUCUGAGCAUUAUAGAUAUAUUUUUUUCUUUUAAGAAGUACUUCCAGUAAAGUCCCCCUCCCGGUCUGCUGGGGGAUAGGCUGUUUCUGUAGGUAGGAGUUGACGUCAACUUGGCAACACAGGAGGAUUUCAAUGGCAUGCCAUUUCUCACUCCUCAGACUGGACUGCAAGCCUGGCUGGGUUUAGCAGAGCUGCUGCUCCGAGUAAGAAACCAUUGCUUUCCCCCUCCUCCUCCUCCUUGAAAGCCACGGGGAGAAUUCAGCCACCACCAGCCCCAUUGCUGCAGUGCUGGGAGCCUGCAGCACCCUUGUUGGAGAGGAGAGGCCGGCACGUGGUGCCUUUGAGGAGCAGACCAGAGCUGGGCAAGCGAAACAACAGAGCCUCAUCCUGCAGCAGUUCCCUUCUUGGCAAUCCCUUCCAGCCACUGCAUGUGAUGGGCAGAGUGAAAUGAUUUCUGCGUGCCUGGGACGAUUUCUGCCCCUGGGAGAGGACUGAUGCUUGCACCCCUCUGUAGAGCUCAUAUACAAAAGCUAACUCAACUUUUUUUUUUCUUUUCUUUUCUUUUCUUUUCUUUUCUUUUCUUUUCUUUUCUUUUCUUUUCUUUUCUUUUCUUUUUUUUCUUUUCUUUUUUAUUUAAUUACUUACUACAUGCAUUUCCCAGGCUACACGUGCUGGUGCAUUAUUUGGGAACAGCCACUGUGUUGUGUCCAUGCACCUUGAAAUAGGGAGGAGAGCAAAUCUGCCCUCAUUUGCCCAACAGCUUCAGGUUACUUCUCUUGUACCCCAAACGGGCUCAUCCCCACCACGCAGAGGCACAAGCCUUGUGCUCAAUCACCAUGUAUCAUCGUCCUUUAUCCUGCACAAAACAUUGCGAAAGGCAGUACAGGUGCAGCUGAAUGGAUCAGGCAAUAGUGACUGUGCUGUGAAAAGCCAUAAUUAUUUGUCAUCGAGACCUCAAACUCCUGCUUCAGCUUCACUCGGUUGGCUUGACCAGCACAGAUGGGAUUUCAUCCAUCACAUUUGGAGUGCUAAAUGCAGGAAAAGCAGGUGGCAAUGAGCACCGACUGUUCAGACAGGCCACUCCUUUGGUGGCACUCGAUAGAAGUCCAGUUUCCUUGCUAUUAAGCUGCUCCCCAUUUUCAGAGGGCUGCAGCACAUCUGAAUGAGCCCCCUCUGCUGGGGACAGCCACCCAUGCCUGCAGGGUUUAGCAAAACCAUCGAGAUUUGGGCAGACCAAAGGGCAGGGGCUGUCCUUGCUGCAAGCCAUGCUCCUGUCCCAUGCUCAGACCAUUGUCACCAUGAGACCACUGUCACCUUGACAAAGGUCGCUGAAAAUUGCUAUCAUACAAUUUACACUCAUGCCAAGGCUACUUUUUUCACCAGCCUGAGGAAGAAGCUUUAGUCUGGAGACACUCCUAUCACAAGAAAUUUGAGUUUCUGCACCCAUGUGAUUUCAUUCAGCUCAGUUCUGCUCUGGAUACAUGCAUGCACAUGGGCAGUUCCCCAGCUUGGAAUCAGUCGAAUUCCCACAUUUACACUCAUGCCACCAGAAGCAGGAUUUGUUUAGGGAAUAUUUUGGUCUUUGGACAAUUGCUUCUAAGGUUGGGCUCAAACAUUCCCUCUUCACGUUCCCUCUUUCCUGAAACCUGAGGUUUGAUUUGAACUCAAUGUAGUUGCUGAAGCUACUAUGCAAAACAUAACAUUCAAAUGUAUCUUGCGGAAAAAAAAGUAGAAAAAGAAAAAGAAAGCAACAUGGAUUUCCAUCUGCAAACCAAAGAGCAGUGAUGGGAGUAAAAGCGGAUGUGUUGCCCCAUAUUCAGGGAGUUCUUGUGCACCGGCUGCCCUACAUGCUCAAUGUUUUCUGUGUUUUUUCUUGGAGGGAUAUUUCUUCCUUCCAAACAUGCAAAGUUUUUUUUGUCUUUUCGGUACCUAACAUUCUGCCAUAGCUGUGUAAUUUAUCAUCAUUAUUUUAGGUUUGUUAUCAACCACUGGGAUGUUAAGACGAGAAACAGAAGCACUUAGAAGCAAAAUUGUUUUUUUUUCUGCUACAGUUUUGUGUGGUGGGAAGCUCUUCUUUUGGUUCAGUGAGACACAGCUGGGGACCUGACCAGGUUCUCCAUGCGCAUAGGGUAGAGAUCUCUCAUCAGCGAGUCCCAAAGUAUCUCUUGGAUAAAACUUAAAUCUGACCAAAUCUGUUAAGUGGGAUGGCUUAGCAGCACCCAGGCCAGGUGUCUGGGGGCUGGAAUUGUUUGCCCCUGAGCACCACAGCCUGGCACAGCAAACCCCAGCAGCACGCCUGGGAUGCUGCCAGUGCCACCACAAGUCCUUCCCCUGCACCAGUAAAUGACGUGUGCAGGUGGGGAAGGGGCUGAUAGCCCAAAAGUAGACGGUUCAAAACAAAGCAGACUUUUCCAUGCUGGAGCAGGUAGAAAAAUUCUUCUGGGCUCUUUCCCAAUGGGCCGUCCUACUAAACAAGCUGUGAUUUACUCGUCGCACGAGGACUUCAGCCUGGGCUCACCUGUCUGUUUCCCUUUUCUGCUUUACUUGACUGGCACCAAUGUGUUUUCCGUUUGUAACUUGUUUUCCUCAGCUCCUUCCCCUUCUUUUUCUUUGCUUGCAGCUUUGAUUGUUGAUUUUUACCUCCAGAGUCACAGAGGCCAUCUUUGAUGCCAACAGCAGAGAGCUCUUGCUGGGAAAACAAAACUAAAAAUCCAGAAAACCUCCAGCUGGCCCCUUAGCCCGCAGAAGAAGGGUGAGGACAGGCUGCCCGUGAACUCUGCGAGCUGAAAGUCAGUGUUGCAGUGGCAGGGGCUUAUGCUGCUGAUUUUGCAUGUGACUUCAUUCCCAGUGCAUCCUCACUGCCUGCUGGAUCACCCCUUCUGCAGCACGGAGUGGACAUGCCGCAUGGGGGGAAGCAGGAGUACGGGGAAACCUGGCAGUGAUGCUUUCCUGAGACUGUGUUACCUUGCUGGUGAUGUCUUUUCUGUCCUGGUUGCUCUUGUACAGGUGCCAUUAGAGUAGUGGGGUCAGAAAAAAAAAUAAUAAUAAUUGGAUUUUACCUACUCCUCGUGUGUCUGUUUUGGUUGUGGCACUGAAAUAAAACCAAGAAAUGAUAAAGGUUCAUUCCUGAAAUGAAUCGAACCACAGAAAGGGGUGUCUGCCCUCUGGUCGUCAUCUUCAUGUAGUCUGCAAUAGGCAUUGGAUUGGGUUUUGCUCUGUGCGUGUUCCCUGCAUACCUCCAUGGCUACCGACAGUAUUUUUUCUGUAAGCAGUUCUCCUUCUUUCUGCUCAGCUCCAAGGAGCUUCAGAGCUUGCCCAAAACUAUUUCCCAGCCCUAGGACCCAACACAGCCAGAGGGAUGCCCAAGAAGAGCAGUGUCAGCAGCCCUGAGGCUGCCCUUCCUUAAAUAUGGGCCUGGUUUUAGCGAAACAAGCCCCCAAGGAAAGCCAGAGAGCUUUUAGCCAUUGGUGAGCAGGGAGAGUUUUGUCCUUCAGUGUGAAUUUGGAGUCAACUAGAUAAGCUAUAAGGAAAGCUCUGCUAACAUUUCCCCCUAGGGUAACAGCUCCAGGUCUGAGCAGUGCUAGCUAGGUGAACUCUGUAUAAAAACACCAGUCUGACUCUGCCAGUGAGUUCAGGCAGACAGUAGACUGUUGUUUUUGGUUUUUCUAAAGAGCUGAGGGACUCAUACGCCUGCAGAAUAGCAGCUUCUAGCCUGAGCCCUGAGGUACAGAAGUAUCUUCCUUUCAGCACAUGGAAAUUGCCAUUUAAUGGGAUUACUUGCAUUCAUGCUCCUAUGCAUGUUUAUCUGGUUGAACUGGAGCCUGGACGCAUCCCUGAAAUUAUUCAUGCGAAGGGAGUUUUGCCUUCAUUAUCGUGCUUCUUUGCACCAGAAACUCGAUGCUAAGAACCACACUCAUUCAAGCAAAGACCAGAAACACACCCGGAGACUGCAGCAUCCAAGGCAAACAGCAUCAAAAUGGAGCACGGAGGACACGCUGGCAAUGGCUGAGUGCAGGAACCUGCCCACAAGCACUGUGCAAACAGGGUUUCCCCUGGUACAUUACUCAUCCCUGAUUUCUUGCCCAGCAACAGUUUUACUCCAUCCCUUUCAUUUCCCCACCUUCCCUGCAGCUGGGUCCUGCCUGCCCGCCCCUGCGUGCGUGCGUGUGUGCUCUGGCCCCAGGGAUCGCAGGCCCCACUGCUGGGAAAUCAGGAGCUGGUUCAGGUUUUUUGGUCCAACUUUGUGCUGUUGGGUCAAAGCUGUGUACAUAGUGUUUAUAGCCGAGGAUAAAGGCUUUUUAUCCCAGACUCUGGUUUUCAAGACCCCUUCCCCACCUCGAAGCGUGCCACUGCUUUGUCCAGUUGGUUAUUUUAUUCCUCCUUUUCAUAAACAGUAAGGUCAGAAGAGCAGCUCUUACAUUUUUCCAUGCCCCAGAGUGGAAUCAUGGCUUGUACACUCGCAAACGCUGAACUAAUGAUAACAUCAAAAUGUCCAAUAAAUGCAUGUUACUGCACUGCAUGUAUUAAACUGCUGUUCACUGUUUCUGUAUUUCCCAAGUCUUUUCUUUAUGCACAUUCGAUCCAGCCUUUUCUUCAAGGGGUUUCUUCUAGAUUUUGCUUUUAAAUGACUUAAUGUAUCUGUAACUUGAAAUCCAUCGUUAAGUUUGAGUAAAUGCAAAAGCUGAUGUUUUGUGAACAAGAUACUGCAAAACCUGAUAAUGUAUUUUGUCUUUCUGUGGAAUGCUCUGCAGCAUGUGCAGGAAGAGUCACCAUCCAGAGCAGCUGAAAACUAUGCAGCAGUCACGUACACACAUCUAGAAACAGGGAGUCGGGGAGGGUCCCCCUUUGAACAUGAUGUAAAAAGUUUGGCCUGCAUCUAAAAUACCUUCCCUGGGUUGCUGAUGCUCAGGGCUGCCAAAAAGCACAUCAGUAUGUCUCUUUAGGGUUGUUUUCUUUUUUGGUUCUUUAUCCUUAGUGAAAACUUUGGCUGGUUUGCUCAGUUCUUAGUAUUUUUCUCUUAGGAGGUAUUUCUUUCUCACCCGUUGCAGAAUGAACUGCAUUUUGUGGACCAAGAUGCUGUGAUUAUUUGCCUGCAUGAAACAGGGCAAUGAGCUGAGCUAAUUAUCCAAUCGUUUCUGAAACAUCAAAUACGGAAGCACCUUCCCCAACAUCACCACCUAAAUACUUGCAAUCAGUCCUUCAGCCUCCAUGUAGCUGUGCCACCAUUUAUCCGCAGAAGAGUUUGGCUUGGUACUUCUUCCACAUGGGAAACAUGGCCUUGCCUCGUCUUCCCUUAAUCAUCGAUCCAUUUUCAUUUGUGCUGGUCUUUCUACGGCAGGACAGGGUACAGGAUGGCCACAUGUUGGUUUUAGCACAUCUGGCCCAAUCCUUUUGUGAGCGUUGACUGGGCGAUGGUCCCAGCUCCUCCAUGGUCACUGUAUUGGUGUGGAAGAUGUUCAUCUUCUCAAAUCUCAAAACAAAGGCAUCUGAAAGGGUUGGGAAAUGGUAUUGGGCUCUCGGUAAUGGCAUGCCAAAUAGAAGGGCUGGAGAGAAAGUGCUAUGUUGGUAGCACAGGAAGCAGGUAUCAGUCCUUGGAAAUUAUAUCAGGGUUUGUUCUGUGGUGGCUGAAAGCACCAAGUCCUGAGCCCACCUUCAAGGCUGGUGCUCAGUCAGGAUGCCAUAUCACCAAGACACUGCCUGGCAGUGCAAAAAUCAUCGUUAAUGAUAGUUGUAAAUCAGCCCAAGUUCAGGUUGCUGAGGAAGCACAUGGCACAAGGCUCCAUGAGGAGGUGGACAUGUCCUGUGGUUCCCAGUGGGUGGGAGAGCCUAGGAGGUGCUCAGGGCAGCCCUAAGCUUUUCCAUCUUCCAUCUGCAUCCUGCAAGUCCAGCCUGGUGCUGUGCAUGCUGUGUCUUACCAGGCCAAGCUGUAGCAUCACCCCCAAAGUGAAGAGCAUGGAAGGUCAUACAUAGCUCAGUGGGAGAUGUGGCAUGACUCACAUUUCUGGUCAACACAAUGUCAGCUUAUCAGCCUCUAGUUAAGAAACAGCAUUUUGGUCAGUUUGGGCCUUUUUUUUUUUUUUUUUUUUUUAAUAGAGAUAUUUGAUUUGGGUCAGCAAACAACCAAAAAAAGCCCAGUCUGCCCAGAGCAGUGACUCCCCAAUGACCUCAACUGCAAAGCAUCUCUUGGUCAACUUUUAAC